GUGGAAAGGUUGGCAGGAUGAAGAAAUGGCAGCCGGCGCGCUGUGGUGUUGGCAGUGACCAAAAUGGCUAAUUUAUCGAUAGGCCACCGCUCACACGUACACAUAUUUCUUUAAUAUGAGGAGUAUACCUUAAAAUCGGAUAGAUAUUUAACUAGGAACGCGUUUAAAGACUUAUACGCAUGGCUUUACUGUAUGAGAUGGUGUGGCGGUUUUUACACGCGCUGCUCUACGUACAGCGCGCGCUGGUCGCCUGGUUCCGACUCCACAUCUGGAGAUGGAAACGGGCAGUGAUGGGCUUAUUACUGCCCCUUGCCCUCGGCUUUCAUAAUCAGAAAAAGGCUGGACCCAUAGGCAAACGGACCAGCCGCCGGGUUCGCUGGGGAUCCGAAGGCAGGACGUUAGAGAAGCUUCCCCUACAUGUGGGGUUAUUGAUCACUGAGGAGGAGAUACAUUACACCGACAUUGCCAAUCUAGUGGUCUGGUGCAUGGCAGUGGGCAUCUCAUAUGUCAGUGUUUAUGAUAAUCAAGGUGUCUUCAAGAGGAAUAACUCCAGACUCAUGGAGGAGAUCCUGAAAAAACAGCAGGAGUUUUUGGGAAUGGACAGCUCCAAAUACUCAGUGGAGUUUUUGAAGAAUGGUACAGAUAAACAAGAGCAUCAAGUGUUAUCUUGUCAGUCAGUGGUGAAGGUCUUAUCUCCAGACGAUGGGCGGCUCAGUAUCGUCCAGGCAGCCCAGCAGCUCUGUAGGGCCGUCGAGCAGAAGGAAAGGACGUCCAAAGACAUUGAUGUCACUGUGCUGGACUCAUUACUCAGAGAGUCAAAGAACAUACCUGACCCAGACCUGGUGCUGAAGUUCGGCCCUGUGGAAAGCACACUUGGUUUUCUUCCCUGGCACAUCAGACUAACAGAGAUUAUCUCAAUGCCGUCCCACAUAGACGUCUCUUACGAUGACCUGUUCGGUGCUCUGCAGUGCUAUGCGGUGUGUGAGCAGCGGCUAGGCAAGUGAGGAACAGUCUGCAGAGAGCGAGACUGGGUCCGCACAGAGAAGGAACUGAUCGAGCGAGAGGGGAUGGAGGGGGUCCAUCCCUCUCUUCAUGUUUACGGUACAAGCACUGGAGCCUCAGCGCCAGCAACACGCUGCUGCUGCUCUUCUCCGCCCGGAUCAUCUCUGCUCCUCUCCGCCAAGGCCUGCUGGGUGUCUCUCUGUGUGUAUGUGUGUGUGUGAUUAUGCUUGUAUGUUUGUUUGUGUAUGUGUGAGUCUCCAGUGAGUAGCUACACUCAGAAAAGGACACGAGCGCUGCCCUAAGUAACGCCCACCAGCAAGCCGGUUGCGAAGAACAUGAAAGGAAACGUGGUUAGCCAUAUGGUGUAAUUUUUACCGUCACUCUUUUCCUUUGCCAUAUCUCUGGACACAUUCAAACGAUGGCAGUCUGUGCCAGUGCGCUGAACUCUACAGAAGUUGCACACGGUCAUCCGUCUUUCAUACCGUGACUUUUGAGCCGUUGGAGAGGGAAGCAGAAUAACGUACUCUUGGUGAACUAUCCGAUUGAAUGUGCUUCUAGUUGCACAGCUGCUUUCAGAUGGUGCAAUCUUGCGAUGAAUCUUCUGCAUGCCCAUUCUGUCUUAUUGCGACUUCAUGCUCCCAUGAAGGCUUUCCAAGCGCGCUGUAAAUGGUUGUUUGUAAUUGUGUUGUUUGAAUGUGCGCGUGCAUGCCACAAAUGACACUAAUUAACAUUAAACCCUGAAGUUUGUAAUUCUAAGUGCGUAAAAUGAUUGCUCUACAUUGUCACCCCUCCGAAAGCUCUCGCUGUUAGUAAUGGCUCGUGGCGCUAAUUAUGUUUUUAUUUGAUUUUUAUUUGUCAUCAGUAAAUAUUGUUUCAUUCAUAAGUCUGUUGUUUUUCUCAGUCGAUAUCUCUAUGGAUCAGAAAUGUUGCAUAUUAAUAUUUCGCGAGAUCCGUGAUUUCUCUUUCACAAAAUGCCACAGGCUUUUCAUCGUUCAAGGCCCCAAUGAAGAAGUCUUAAAUGUGUAAUUCACUGGUUGCCAUUGGAAGGGUUUGUUUGCUAGUGUCCAGCGUGAAUGUAUAAUAAACGUUACUGAAAUCCUUUAACAGUA